AUGGCAAAACUCCUUUCUCUGGCCGGGUACAUGUUAUGCUACAGUCAUUUUCGAAUUCCUAGGUGAUGGAACUGUGGAUAGUUACUUAAAAGAAAGAGGUCUAUAUCCAUCAUCAACUUACCUGUAUCUGAGAUCACAACACAAAGAUACAAUAUUGUCAGAGGCUGAAGAAGAAACUGUUGGUUUAGCUUCACAUAGAACAUCAGGUGAGAGCAAGCGUAUUGUAUGUUCAGUGUGUAGCUGUACUUAUUUGGAAGGUGAAGAAUGUGUCGUAUUUGAACAGUACAGGGAGUAUGAAACCUCAAGAAUUGCUGAUGGCGGGAGUCCAGGUUCCACUGGAGACCCACCUCAUCUUGCUAUGGAUCAAACAAGAUCAAGCUCCACAGUAGUACCCUCAAAUCCUGGUACGGUUGAGAGGGACGAAACUGACGGUUUAGCUUUCUGGAGAACAUCAGGUGAGAGUGCGCGUGUCUGGAAGGCGACGGAUCAAGAGAGGAUAAAGGGGACAGAGAAGGCAUCCCCCAUACACACCCUAUUCCAUAGGUAAUUCGUCUCGAGUAAUUUUUAGAAUCGGGAUAAAGUUACCUCGCGCGCUGCGUGGAUGUUUCGUGGAGGUUUUGCAUGACUAAACGCCGUGCAAAACAUGUGGGGCGAAAGGCAAUGAUAGCGUAAAGAGAUCGAGAGCAUUCCUGAAUAUUGAAGCGAAAUGAGUCGGCGCUCACCUGGGAAAAGGGAAUCGCUGGACUCUUUGACAACCCGUGAAAUCAGUUUAACCCAAAGUUGUCGUAACCUCAGUGCUUUAAUAAAAUGAGAAAUUUCGCCGGUCUAUUGAAACCGGUCGUUUGUACAAGAAAGCAAGUAGAACGCCAAGUGUUAUUUUUGUUGAAUAAUAAAAGACUAAUAAAAAGUUAAAUAUCAAACCAGAAAUUGCUGUCUUCAAACUGUAAAUUACAAAUGAUCCUGAGAGAAUAUUCAGUGUGUUAAGGAUUUCCCUGCUGUACUGUUAGCUCUAUACAAGAAAGGAAGGGCGAUUCUUUUUUAAUUUCCGUUUCGCUGACACAGCUCUAGCAGAAAUCUCUCUAUAGUCGUCUUCCUCGACUAAACGAAUAGCAAUAUCGCUUUCCGCGUCUUCCGCCAUUUUGUUCUGCGUCAAUUCGUGAAGGACGCGUGCCUCUGAGCGUGGGUCAUCCACGCCGAACACAUUCGCGCUAUGUGAUUGGCUGUUGUCUAAUCCCCUUUGAGAUCUGUGGUGUUAAAAAUAACCUGAGACGAAUUACCUAUGGAUUAGGGUGUGUAUGGGGGAUGCCUUUCCUGUCCCCUUUAUCCUCUCUUGUGACGGAUGUAUUCGAUGUGAACAGGACAGGGAGUAUGAAACC